CUGCAAUCUUUGGUUUGAGGUGAGUUCCCUGUGAGUGACAGAUUCCCUUGCUCAUUCUUUCUGGCUUUUCCCCAACAGCUCAGUUCACGUUCGUUCUCAUUCUCCAGCUCAUUCAGUAUGGCUGGUAUUGGCAAUGGCAAGUAUCACGUCGAGAGAGAUGACUCUCCUCGUGCCAUCCAUAUUGACCAGAGAAAAAGCCUGGAAGCCAUGGUGACCCGUGUCCGCAGAUCUUGGGUGGCGAGGUUACCUAGUCCGGCGAGGAAGACCCAGUCUACAGACAGCACAAUCCUCAGGCUCGAAAACUGAAGUCGUGCCAUGUGCAGGCGAUGCCAAUUGAUGGACUUGUCGCGCAACCUGUCCCUCAUUCUGGCUGGUUGCCUCGAAGUUACAUACCUGAUCGGUUCCAUCCUGCCACUGUUUGUCAUCGAUCGGUUCGGUCGCCGCUUUCUCCUCAUGUUCUCGUCAGCCGGACUUUGUUUUUGCUUCGUCAUGGUGUCGAUUCUGCUGUCUAUUCGCACCAAAAGGCCAGCAUACGGUGCCACAGGGUUUAUAUUCCUGUUUCAACUGUUCUAUGGCUUGGGCUGGCUUCCAGUCCCAUGGUUCUACCCUUCAGAAAUCAACACGACUAGAUAUCGAGCGAAGGUACAAGCUAUCUCCAGUGCGUGGAACUGGAUGUUGUAUUUGUGGUUGUCAAGAUCACGCCGAUUGCAAUGGACAACAUCAAGUGGCGAGCAUUCGUCAUCUUCGCCAUUCUCAACGCCCUCUUCAUCCCGAUGGUGUAUUGUUUCUACCCGGAGACCAAAGGAUUGGAGUUGGAAGAUGUCGCUUUACUCUUUGCGAAAGGUGGAAUGACAGGGGGUGUGUUCACUUCCCGAGGGAAAACUGUGGUCCCACAUCAACAUGCUGAACAUAUUGGGGUUGACCAAGAUAAGACGGACAGAGGUAUUCAACAGGUCGAGAUUCAAGCGUGAUGCAGCAGCACUGGCCAGGCAAUAGUAUUCACACUGAUAUAUCAACAUGGUCCUUACAGAG